AUGGCGAAUGACAAGAGUGAGGCGAUUAUCAUCGUGACGUCCAUCUUUCUUGCGCUGUCCUUUCUUACAGUCAGCCUUCGAUGCUACGUCCGACUACAUCUCAUCCGAGCUUUUGGCGCGGAUGACUAUAUGAUGGUCCUUGCGAUGGCCUUCAACAUUGCAUUCGCUAUCUGCGGCAUUGCCGGCGCCUCCACGGGGCUGGGAAAGAAGAUGAAUUAUUUUGCAGAUAAGCCGAACGACCUGAAAGACUCGCUGCGCUUCUGGUGGGUUGGCCAGAUAUUCUACGCUCUGACGGGCACCGCCGGCAGGACUUCUAUUGCGAUUUCACUUCUGCGUAUCACUGUCGUCCGCGUACACCUGAUCAUUAUCUAUUCAACGAUCGCCUUGAGUAUUGCGGUUGGUCUACUCUUCUUCUUCGCGACCCUCCUCGAAUGCCGCCCCAUCCAUUAUGUCUGGGAUUAUGGAAUGAUGUCCUCACACUGUGUCAGCAAAGACUUUCUUUUGGACAUCGUCUAUACGCAUAGCGUGAUUGCCGCUUUGUGCGACCUCACCCUGGGUAUUCUACCUCUUUUCAUGAUCUGGAAGCUACAGAUGAAUAGACGUGCGAAGUUCUCUCUCGGAGUCAUUCUUGGACUGGGUUGCUUGGCAGGAGCUGCGGUUGUGAUUCGUUUGCCAUACAACGAAAAGUUCAAAGAUCCGGACUUUCUUUAUGCCACCGCCACCCUCUCUAUCCUAGCGAAUAUCGAAGCCGGUCUCGGAAUCACAGCGGGCUGUCUAUCAACCCUUCGACCCCUCGUGCGAAUGCUGCGCGGCGGCAGUUCCAAUCCAAGUCAAGGAAGAAACGCAGGAUCAUCCAUCCCGUUGUCCCGGUCACGUCUUGCUCGUAAAGAGAGGCAAAAGCUGUCCCACCACGAAUCGGGCACUUGCUGGGCAGAUGUUCCCAACGACGGAUAUAAGAAUAUUACCACCUCAACUACCAUCUUAGGGAGCCGUGCGACGAAGCGUGACAGCAGUGAGGAGAGCCUCACUCCACGAUAUCUCCCACCGACCGUGACGGUGCAGAAUACAUUCGAGGUAUCUGUGGCGGAGCACUAG